UUCCAGUGUCGCUACUCAUAACCCGCAGUUUCCCAGCGCAAGCCGCCUCAGGCUAGGUCUCAAAAGCAUUCUACUUCGUGAAAAUUUCCAUUGGAACUGUCUCUAUAUCUGGUCUAUGGCCGAUGAAGACGCCACGAGCUCGAACAUCCUACCUCAACUGAACGACGCACCCGAGAGCGCCUCGACUGUAGCGCCGUCUGCGACAGCCUCCGAAUCGAUAGCCGCGUCAGCCUCCGCACCGGCUAUCCGUCCAUCACUCGUCCCCCUCGGCGGUUCCAGUUCGCAGACGGCCGCGACACCACCUACGAAAAAAUUCAGCUCAGUGAACAUCAACAAGAAGUUUCUGGAGAAGAACUCUUCCAGUUCCUCAGCGUCGGGUGCAUCGCAUACCG